UCCGGCCGCCCGAGGAACGGGGAUCGGGGGCUGAUUUGUCAACUUGAGCGUCUGGUGCGUCCUGUCUGUGUGUGUGUUUUUCCUCGAAUAUCAUUCGCUCUUUAUUAUUAUUAUUACAUUUGGUUAUCAUUUAAUUAAUAAGAACGGGACCAGGUCAAGCAUCGCCCGGGAACGGAGCGCUGACGAAAAAAAAACCCAUCCCUUUUUCGGUUCCUUUCCGUCCCCCCACCCGCCACUCCCGGCCCGGCACUGCCCUCAGAGAGCGGAAGGUCUUCGGUAAACUUUUAGAUCAAUCCAGAAGAAAACAUCGAGAAACUGUACCUUGUAUACCAGCUUAAGGAGAACAAUGUACUAAAUUGGGUCAGUGGAAGAAGUUAUUUUUUCCUUUUUAAAAAGAUGAAUAGCGAGGAGGAGUUUUUUGAUGCAGUUACGGGCUAUGAAUCGGAUGAUUCUGAAUCCACAGCAAGCAAAAUGUUAGCAGGAGAUUCAGUAAAGUUUCCUAACAAAGGUGCGAGCAAAUUGUGUGAACAGAAGAUGCACAACCCACCAGGAUCCCAAGAAAACGGAAUUAAGCAACCUAGAACUGCAUUGCCAGCUCCGAUGUUUAGUAGAAGUCAGUUCAGUUUGUGGAGCAUUUUAAAGAAAUGCAUUGGGUUGGAACUGUCAAAAAUUACAAUGCCAAUUAUAUUCAAUGAGCCACUGAGCUUUCUCCAGCGAAUUACUGAAUACAUGGAACACACGUAUGUUCUCCAUAAGGCUUCUCUACUUUCGGACUCAGUGGAGAGAUUGCAGGCUGUAGCUGCUUUUGCGGUUUCUGCUGUAGCUUCACAGUGGGAGAGGACUGGCAAACCAUUCAACCCACUAUUAGGUGAAACCUAUGAACUUAGAAGGGAAGAUCUGGGGUUCAGGUUCGUUUCUGAACAAGUCAGCCAUCACCCUCCAGUCAGCGCAUUUUAUUCAGAAGCCUUGAAUAAGGAUUUUGUUUUCCAUGGUUCUAUUUACCCAAAGCUUAAAUUUUGGGGGAAAAGUGUAGAAGCAGAGCCUCGAGGAACUAUCACUCUAGAGCUGAGAAAGCACAAUGAGACCUAUACUUGGACAAAUCCUACCUGUUGUGUACAUAAUAUAAUAAUUGGCAAAUUAUGGAUAGAACAGUAUGGAACAGUAGAAAUCAUUAAUCACAGUACUGGUGAAAAAUGUGUGCUGCAAUUUAAAUCAUGUGGACUCUUUGGAAAAGAAUUACACAGAGUUGAAGGAUACAUUCAGGAUAAAAGUAAAAAGAAGGUGUGUGUGAUAUAUGGCAAAUGGACUGAAUGCCUUUGGUGUAUAGACAUCAACACGUAUGAGACCCACAGAAAAAAUGAUAAAAGAGGUGGAGAACAGAAGAAAGCCAAGGAGACUGAAGAUGUUGUCCGAACUGAAAAUGAUGAAGCUGAUGAUAUGCCUGAAAUCCAAGAAACUGUCCAAGUUAUUCCUGGAAGCAAGUUGCUGUGGAGGAUAACUGCCAGACCUGCACACUCUUCCCAGAUGUAUAAUUUUACUCAUUUUGCAAUGAUGCUGAAUGAAUUAGAUGAAGAAAUGAAGAGUUCCUUUGCUCCAACUGAUUGCCGCUUUCGACCAGAUAUUCGAGCAAUGGAAUCUGGAAACAUGGAAUUGGCUGGUGUGGAGAAAGAAAGACUUGAAGAAAAACAACGAGCUGCACGUAAAGAAAGAGCCAAAGGUGAAGAUGAGUGGACAACCAGGUGGUUUCGUCAAGACCUCAAUCGUUAUACAGGAACACAAGACUGGAUUUAUACAGGAAAGUACUGGGAAAGAAACUACGAAGAUUCCCCUGAUAUUUACUGAGGAUUUUUAUUUUCGCACUGUCAUUGAGAAUGUUCCACGAAAUGACUUGUACUUCUACUUCUAAAUCUUCUACUUUGGUUUUGUCUGUGCCAUUUUUUUUUGUUUAAGUGGGGUCAUGUAUCAGUCUGUCUUGAUGUGUUCUAGUUUCAGAGCUAUAAUAUUUUAUGUGCAAUAACCAUAAACAGUUUAAAGUUUCCACUUCAUUUACGUAAUACUUUUCAACGGAUAUGAUGGACUUUGGUACAAGAUCUGACACCCCAGAUUAUGGUAAUGUUGUUUAUCUGAUUCCCAUGACUUUACAAUUGGGCAUAUUUGCUUUUUAAGCCUUUCAUCAGCAUAAACCUACAUGUAGGUUGAACAGAAAUGUAGAAUUCCUCCUUCUGGAAUGAUAUAAACCCAAGACUUUGUGUAGCAUUUCCUUGUUUAUUCCUAAAAAAANGUACAGUUCCAUAUCUGUGGAAGUGGAAUUGGCCUAUUCAUGAAAUGGAUGCAAUUUCUGAAGACCAUGUAUUGAUUGUUGUAAAAGUAAUCAAACAAGCAACAACCCCGAAAGCACAGUUUAGUAGGGUUGUAUGAGGUUUUAGUACAUAAAGAAAGUUGGAAACAAACACAAACAUUUUACUGAUUGAAUUUUUACUGAGAUAUUUAAAACAAAUUUCCACAUUUCAGAUUCAGUCUUUUUCCUUUGAAAAGAAUAUCUUCCUCCCAUUUGUUCUUACUAAACCUUCCCGUGAUUGGUGUCUUGGUAUAAGCCCAAAAUGAUUUGGGGGGCUGAGAACAGCGGAAAUAUGCUUAAUUCUUGUUGGUGAGCAUUUGGUAUGGGCAGAUGUGGUCAGCACGGCUGACAGUACACCAGAGGAAAGUUGUUCAACAUGUGUAAGCACGCAGAAAGUAGAAGUUCACUAACAUGGCUCAUUUUCACUUGUACUCCCACAGUAUCGUCCCUGUCUGUGAGAAGGGCUGUUCUUUCCCCAGCAGUACUUCUGCAGAGUUGCUCCAUGUGCAUAAGUUUCCAUGUCUCCCAGAUACAAAUAAGGACUGUUUUGAAUUGACAAAACCAGGAGCUGCUUUACAUCAUUGAUGUUUACUGAAAAUUUGCAAUUCCCCCAAAAAUUGUGUAUCUCUGUAUGUGUAUUUUAUUGCCAAAGUGAUCUUUAUUUUAUUUUGUCUGCGAGUGUAGAAUGUUUUGAAGCCAUAAUGUUAAAUAUUAUUUCAACUUGAAUCUAUACAGUGUGUAUAUAUAAACAAUUUUGUGGGGCGGGGGAAAUCAAAUUGUACAGAGAUAAAUAUACUUUCAAUGGUCUUGAAAUUAUGGGAAUAUUUGGUAUUAAAUAAGUCGACUAUAUUUUACUCUGUUACUGGUCUGCAAAUCAAUGAAUAGGUAAAAGCCUAAAGAACAGCAGCAGUACCAGUCCUAUCGGUGAGGAAAAACAAUGUGUUCUAGAGUUCUGUUUCUGUAAGCAGCUGUUCUUAAUUACCAUUUUCAUUUGCGGACAGAGACGACUUUAAUUCUCUCUUCUUUCGCCUCCCAGAAAGAAAAAUCUAAAACUGGUGAUCACUUUUAUAUGUAAAUAAAUUAUACAAGCAAAACUGGAAGUUCAAGUCCAAGUCCAUCACUUCUUGUAGUCUGGCAAGAAAUGAUAUAAAAUGAAUGGUCCUCUCAAUGUUAUGAGGAAUUUUAAGUACAUUCUGAAACCAGUUGGUUGUCACCGUAGUUGUACUGUGGACGACAGAAGUACUUGUAGGACAAAUGAGACGCUAAAAUGUCACUUUGAACAAGCAAAUUGUUUAACAUUACUGUGGAGACAGAUGCACAUGAUGUUUGUAUGAGCACAAACAAAUAGGUUUUUUGACACUUCCUUAAGAUGGCUCCAAAUCUUUACCUGGAGAUGUAAUUCGCCCUUUAAAGUUUGGUGUUGGGUAUGAUCGUUCUGGGAUUGGGAUGGUUGCACCACCUGCUGAUUUAUUUUAUAUCGUCAGUAGUCUUCCACGUUCAGUCUGGCAGUGAGUGUUGUAUAACUUAACCAAAUGGCAUUCUAUAUUAUGAGUAUGACCUGAGGUAUUUUAGCCAUAGAGGCUAGUAUUGCACAUUUUAUUUGCAGCAUCACCAUUAUCAAAAACUAUGCAAUUGCCAGCAUGCUGCUUCCAAAGUAAAUUGCAGCAGUCCAUAUUAGCCAUUUUGUUUUCUAAAAGUUCCUUGACCUGCAUUUGCUUUUAAGGUUUUUUUUAUAAUGCAUGCAACAUUGAUGUUUUUACAUACAUCUUAUAGAAUUCAGGACUUGUGAAUUAAAUAUUAUGUGACAGUAAGCAAAUGCAAGGAUUACAGAGAUUGCUGGAUUGAAGAUUUGCGAAGAAAGCAUAUUCUAUUUAAAGAAACCAUAUUUAUUUUUGUGGUGUGUGUAUAUAGGCUGAAGUUAAAAACUACCAGAAGUAAAAUAUAGAACACUUUGCAUGUCCUCUCAAUGCAGUGCUUUUUAUAAUCAUUGUAGCUAAACAAUAUAUUUUUGAAGUAAAGUGGUCUUCUGUACUUGUGGUACGAUUCUAAAAGUUAGAAUGUAACUGACAUUGUAUGGUACUCCAGGUUUAAAAAAAAAUGGCAGAACAUGGUUGAAUUUUGAUAGUUAUUAACCAAAACCUAGGUAUAAUUGAUUGCUAAAAAGAGUAUUGUUCCUUUUAAAUGAAAUGUGUAAGCAUUGUCCAAAUCGUAUUUUGUAUUCACUACAAUGGCAACAUUUUUGAUCUGAAUUAUGUUCACGGGGAUAAUUAUUAACUUUUAGAAAGCAAUAUAUCAAAACACUAUAUUAAUUUAAAAUUAUUGGCCCUGUUUCCUUCAAAAAUAUGAUUUAGAAAUAUACCAGUUAUUUGUGGAUUGUUGCAGUCUCUGUGGGUAUUUUAAACCGAACAAUUAAUGUUUAAUUCACGCUUAGUGUAUAUUAUGAACUCUUUGUGAAAAAAGUUAACUCUUUUGUUGUCUUGUUUACAACCACAUAAUCUCAUACACUAUGAUUUGUAUUCAAUAUUGAGUUAGGUAAAACCAAUAAUUUUGCCUUAUUGGAUAGUUGCUUUUUGGUUGAAUUAUUCAAACAAUUGCUUUGCCUUAUGACAUGUUGCAUGAAGAGAGUUCAGUUCAUAAAACACAAACACUUGUGUAAAAUAGACUUAUUUUUAUAAUAUUUAAAUGAUUGUCAAGGCCCAUUAUUAUAGCUCCAAAUCAGUUGUAAUAAUUUUCUGAAGAGUGCAUAAUUCUAAAUUAAUGUACGUUUAACAGAUCAAAGUGUAAAAAUAUUUACUUAAAAUAAAAAAGUUUGA